AUUCUUCCUUUGCCCUAUUUAAGCCCCAAAUACAUUUUCUCACCCCCACUUUAUCUCACACCAACACACCCACAUAAACUGAUUUUGAAUACAGAAGAAAAACAUCUUAACGAUGGUAUCAUUUCAAACAUCUUUCCUUCAACUAAAUGAUCAACGAAACCCGAUUUCGGAAACGACUGAUGACUCCAACUCCAAGAGUAAUAUGAAAAGGAAAUGGAAUGACACAGAAGAUGAAGAGGAGGCCAUCCUUCCUUACAAACAUUGGAGGAAUCCCAAGGCUGCCACCGCAGUUGCGGCCUUUGCCUCUAAAUCCUUUUCUGAUAUUGAGCUUCACCUCGAGACCCCGUUGCCAUCUGAAUGGCAACGGUGUCUCGAUAUGCAGUCAGGGGAAAUACAUUUCUACAACACAAGAACACAAAAAAGAACACAGAGAGAUCCAAGGGAAAGCUCAGAACCAUCAAGUCCUAAAGACUGUCACAUGAGCUUAGACCUUGAGCUAAACCUGCCUUGUGGUUCACUCAACCAUAAUAUCUCAAAAUCAACAUCAGUAAAGAACACAACAACUACGAUGAUCAAGAAGAAAUCUAGCCACUCACCACCACCGUCGGCCUCUCCUAAUCUAUUCAGGAGUCUGAAUACUGCCGGAAAGACGAACACUAUCGAUGUCGAAACAGCAGACGAUGCAGAGGAGAUGGUUGCAACCGCUUGCAAACGGUGCCAUAUGCUGGUGAUGCUGUGCAAAUCCUCACCUACAUGUCCCAACUGCAAAUAUGUGCACCCUCCAUGCCAGAGCCCUCUUGACCUGUUCAAGCCAAGACUUAGCCUCUCUUGUUAAUUUUUAUUAGUCACAACAACAUAUGAAUUAAUGAUCAUAAGGUUGAGUGUUAAUAGCUAUUUAGGCCAAAAAUAAUAAUAAUCAUAAUAAUAUCAAUAAUAUUGUUUAGUAUGUUGCAAAAAAAAAAUAAAAAAAUAUGAAGAUCAUCAGCAACAAUCAUGUCAAAUUUACUAGUUAGUUGGUUACUUAAUCAUCAUUCUUUCUA